AUGGCAAACCUGUCAGCAGAUCCACCGACGCUGAAGGCGCCCCUUGCGGCUAACGGCCGUGAUGUGGAGCUGGCCGGCGUGGAGGCAUCGCCUUCAAAUAGCCAAGCACAGUGUCAUUCAGAACCGUCGCUUCCCGAUGACUGGAGGCGGAAGAAUAUCCGGGCCAAUAUCGCUUUCCAAUUCCUGAUGUCCUUAGCCUGGGGAACUGCCAUGGGACCCGUCUUCGACAAGUAUCUUUUCCUGCUCGGAUCUGGCCUGGCCAAAGGGCCACGCCUCAUCCCGGCCAUGCAUGCCAAUUCCCUUGUCGGAGUGGCCGAGAGCGUCUCCGGUCUCACCAGCCUCGCCGUCGCCAUCCCCGUCGGCUACAUCGUCGAUCGGCAGCCAAACAAGCGUGCCCGGCUGGCUCGAAUGUCGAGUUCCUUGGCAGUGAUAUCCGUGCUCUCUGGAUUCAUCGCUGUCCUUACAGACGAACUGCUGAUUCUCACGGUGAUGCUGGUGAGCUUCGGUGCCUUCAUGGAGCUAAGCUCCUCCGCGACAGAUGCGAUCUUUGCCGACAGUAUUCCAGCUGGCGAGCGAUCUGCCUACUAUAUCACCAAGUCGGUUCUCACCACCGUCGGUAGCGCAUGCGGUCCGGGUAUCUCUGCCUUGGGGCUUGCAAUGCUGGGCGACAAGUGGCAGCCGUACCAGAUCAAGAUCGUGAUCGUGGGGGGCUUGCUGCUCUUUAUCCCCACUUUGCUCCCCCUUUUCGUCUUCCACGAUCCAGUGCUCACGGAGCCAUCGACCAGCGAGGGUUGUGCCUCCGCCGACGCAGCCGCACCAGUUGAGGAAGGUUCCGAAGCCCGAACUAGCACGAUGGCAUCCACGGCGCAAGAGGCUGCAGCGCCUCCGACUGUCGCGGAAGCCCCAAGAUGCUUGUGCUUCCGAAGUAAGCAUGUGCCGGUGCUCUUGGCCCUUGCCGACUUCAUCACCUGCAUUGGUGCGGGGAUGACAGUCAAGUUCUUCAACCUUUUCUUUAUCCAGGACCAUCAAUUUUCGCCAGUGGCAAUUAGCCUGCUACAAACGGCCUAUCCUUUGGUCAUUGCCCUCUUCAUGAAGUUCACGGAGCGGCUCGCCAAGCCGUUGGGUCGGCCCCAGGCGUCCCUGAGCUUCUUCAGCGCCAACGUCCUCUGCCUGUUCUUGCUCGGGGAGGUGACCUGGCUGCCGUUUCUCCUGGUGAUCUUCAUGGUAAGAGGGGGCUUCGCGAACAGCACCUUCCCCAUUGACAGGUCGAUUCUGAUGGACUACACUCCGUCCACACAGCGAGGCAUGUGGAAUGCGAUCCAGAGCCUCACUUCGAUGACUUGGAGUGGAAGCGCAUUUCUGGGUGGGCUGCUGUCCGAUUCUCACGACUACAGAUACACCUUCGUCAUCACCAGCCUGAUCUACGCGUGUGCCUGCGUCGUCUACACGCCGCUCCUGUGGCUCGUGCCCAGAAAAGAGAAG